AUGGGGUUUGUGGAAGCUCCAGAAGUUGACGGCCCUGCGAUACCGGAAACGUUGAGCAGUGACAGUGAUGAUAGCGAUGACGAUGGGGCGGGCGGUAGCGAUGAGAUCAGUGGUGAUGCACCUAAAGAUGAAACGAAAAGAAAAGGAACGAAGUCGAAGUCAGAGCCAAAACCAAAGUCGGAGCCAAAACUGAUACCAGCGGCCUCAACUCGUCCUUCUUUAAGACGAGUGGUGCGCUACUCAUGGUCUAAUUCCCUCAGUCGGCAGCCCAAGCCAACAUCGUUGUACGAUGCGUAUUUUGAACUGUUCGGCGUGCUCUUUAACCUGGCCCUCUGGUAUUCCAAACAUGCUGCAAAAGUCGCCGCAAGCAACCAGUAA